AUGGCUGAGAGAGCACCCGUAUCUAGCGAAGAAACUCUAGUCCGUUAUGACAAUCCUGUUUUGGUAACAAAAAAGAUCGAAAAAGUCCCUUCACCUCGAGCUGGUGCAUCUGUACAACCAUGCAUACCGACUGAAGCAAAACGUGAGACUGAAGAGAUACUGAAUGCUAUUUUGCCACCUAAAGAAUGGGAAGAAGAUGGUCAAAUCUGGACCCAAAAAAUUUCCUCGACGCCAGCGACACGAUUGGAUGUGAUAAAUCUUCAGGAAAUGCUUGAUACACGUUUACAACAAAGACAAGCUAGAGAAACCGGUAUUUGUCCAGUACGGAGACAAUUAUACACUCAAUGCUUCGAUGAACUUAUACGACAGGUUACUAUAAAUUGCGGCGAAAGAGGUCUCUUAUUACUACGCGUUCGUGAUGAGGCGAGAAUCACGAUGGAAGCUUACCAAACCUUAUAUUGUAGUUCUAUCGCUUUCGGCAUGAGAAAAGCUUUGCAGUCGGAACAAGGAAAAUCAGACCUUAUGGAUCAAGUGGCAAAGCUCGAGGCCGAACGUUCAUCUUUGGAAAAAACGUGCAUGGAAUUGAAGCAGAAGACUGAACAGUUGGAGCGACGAGCUGCCGAACUACGAGCUGCUGAAGAGAAACGCCACCAGGAAGAGUUGUUGGCGCUGAAGAAGACUAACGCACAACUAAAGGCGCAAUUGGAAGGCAUCAUCGCGCCGAAGAAAUAA